AUGAGGGAUGGCCCAAUCUCCCCAGCCAUGGUCCAGAGCAGAGACUGUGAGAGAGAUGACCACAUCAAAGAGGAGAUGGCAGUAGGAGCAGAGUCUGCAACUUUGGUGGAUGAACCAGAGUCCAUGGUGAACCUGGCAUUUGUCAAGAAUGACUCCUAUGAGAAGGGACGGGAUUCAGUGGUGGUGCACGUGUAUGUGAAGGAGAUCUGCAGGGACACCUCUCGCAUACUUUUCCGAGAGCAGGACUUCACGCUCAUCUUCCAGACCAGGGAUGGAAAUUUCUUGAGGCUGCAUCCAGGCUGUGGGCCCCACACCAUCUUCCGCUGGCAGGUGAAGCUCAGGAACCUUAUUGAGCUAGAGCAGUGUAUGUUCUGUUUCACGGCCUCUCACAUCGAUAUCUGCCUCUGGAAGCGGCAGAGUCAGUGCUGGGGGGGACUGGAGGCCCCAGCUACACGAGGUGCAGUGGGUGGUGCAAAGGUUGCCGUGCCGACAGGUCCAACUCCUUUGGAUGCAACCCCUCCAGGAGGUGCCCCCCACCCCCUAACAGGCCAGGAGGAAGCCAGGGCUGUGGAGAAGGAAAAGCCUAAGACCCGAUCUGAGGACACAGGGCUUGAUGGUGUGGUGGCCCGAACCCCUUUGGAGCAUGUAGCUACAAAGCCAGAACCACACUUGGCCUCGCCCAAACCCACAUGUAUGGUGCCUCCAAUGCCUCAUAGUCCGGUGAGUGGAGAUAGUGUGGAGGAAGAGGAAGAGGAAGAGAAGAAGGUGUGUUUGCCAGGCUUCACUGGCCUUAUCAAUUUAGGGAACACCUGCUUCAUGAAUAGUGUCAUUCAGUCUCUGUCCAACACUCGGGUACUUCGUGACUUCUUCCACGACCGAUCCUUUGAAGCUGAGAUUAACUACAACAACCCACUGGGGACUGGUGGGCGACUGGCCAGGUUUGCUGUGCUGCUCCGAGCCCUGUGGAAAGGCACUCAUCAAGCCUUCCAGCCCUCCAAGCUAAAGGCCAUUGUGGCAAGCAAGGCCAGCCAGUUCACAGGCUAUGCACAGCACGAUGCCCAAGAGUUCAUGGCUUUCUUGUUGGAUGGGCUACAUGAGGACCUAAAUCGGAUCCAAAACAAGCCCUACACUGAGACUGUGAACUCCGACGGACGUCCUGACGAGGUGGUGGCUGAGGAAGCGUGGCAGCGACACAAGAUGAGGAACGACUCAUUCAUUGUGGACCUGUUUCAGGGCCAGUACAAGUCAAAGCUGGUGUGCCCAGUGUGUGCCAAGGUCUCCAUCACUUUUGACCCGUUCCUUUAUCUGCCGGUGCCUUUGCCACAAAAGCAAAAGUUUCUCCCCAUCUUCUAUUUUGCUCGGGAACCCCACAGCAAACCCAUCAAGUUUUUGGUGAGUGUUAGCAAGGAGAACUCCAGCGCCAGUGAAGUCUUGGAUUCCCUCUCUCAGAGUGUCCAUGUGAAGCCUGAGAACCUGCGACUGGCUGAGGUAAUUAAGAACCGUUUCCACUGUGUUUUCUUGCCCUCCCACUCACUGGACACUGUGUCCCCAACUGACAUGCUCCUCUGCUUUGAGCUGCUGUCCCCAGAGUUGGCUAAGGAGCAGGUAGUGGUGUUAGAGGUGCAGCAGCGCCCCCAGGUACCCAGCAUCCCUAUCUCCAAGUGUGCAGCCUGCCAGCGGAAGCAGCAGUCAGAGGAUGAAAAACUGAGGCGUUGUACCCGUUGCUACCGUGUGGGCUACUGCAACCAGUUCUGCCAGAAAACCCAUUGGCCUGACCAUAAAGGCCUCUGCCGCCCUGAGAACAUUGGCUACCCCUUCCUGGUCAGUGUUCCUGCCUCACGCCUCACUUAUUCCCGUCUUGUCCAACUCCUAGAAGGCUAUGCCAGAUACUCGGUAGUAUUCCAGCCACCCUUCCAGCCUGGCCGGAUGGGCUUGGAAUCACAGAGUCCUGGCUGUACCACAUUGCUUUCAACCAACUCCCUGGAGGCUGGAGAUAGUGAGAGAGAACCCAUUCAGCCUUCUGAGCUCCAGUUGGUUUCUCCUGUGGCUGAGGGGGAUACAGGGGCUCCCCGUGUGUGGGCACCCGCUGAUCGGGGUCCUGUACCUAGCACCAGUGGAAUUUCUUCUGAGAUGCUGGCUAGUGGGCCUAUUGAAGGUUGUUCGUUGCUUGCUACUGAGAGGGUGUCCCGGCCUGAAGCUGCUGUGCCUGGGUACCAACACUCAAGUGAAGCCAUGAAUAUCCACACACCCCAGUUUUUCAUCUAUAAAAUUGAUGCAUCAAACCGAGAGCAGCGGCUUGAGGACAAAGGGGAAACACCACUGGAGCUAGGUGACGAUUGCAGCCUGGCUCUGGUGUGGCGGAACAAUGAGCGCCUACCGGAGUUUGUGUUAGUCGCCUCCAAGGAGCUGGAGUGUGCUGAAGACCCAGGCUCUGCUGGUGAGGCUGCCCGUGCUGGCCACUUUACCCUGGACUAGUGCCUCAACCUCUUUACUCGACCUGAAGUGCUAGCGCCUGAGGAGGCCUGGUACUGCCCACAGUGCAAACAGCAUCGCGAGGCCUCCAAACAGCUGCUGCUAUGGCGCCUACCAAAUGUACUCAUUGUGCAGCUAAAGCGCUUCUCCUUUCGUAGUUUCAUUUGGCGCGACAAGAUCAAUGACUUGGUGGAGUUUCCUGUUCGGAACCUGGACUUGAGCAAGUUCUGUAUUGGCCAGAAAGAGGAGCAGCUGCCUAGCUAUGACUUGUAUGCUGUCAUCAACCAUUAUGGAGGCAUGAUUGGUAGCCACUAUAUUGCCUGUGCACGCCUGCCCAGCGAUCGCAGUAGCCAGCGCAGUGACGUGGGCUGGCGCCUGUUUGAUGACAGCACAGUGACAACAGUGGACGAGAGCCAGGUGGUGGCACGCUAUGCUUACGUGCUCUUCUACCGACGGCGGAACUCUCCUGUGGAGAGACCCCCCAGGGCAGGUCACUCUGAACACCACCCAGACCUAGACCCUGCAGCUGAAGCUGCUGCCAGCCAGGCUUCCCGGAUUUGGCAGGAGCUCGAGGCCGAGGAGGAGAUGGUGCCCAAGGGGCCUGGGCCUCUGGGUCCUUGGGGGCCCCAAGACUAGGUGGGGCCCCCGCCACGUGGCCCUACCACACCAGACGGGGGCUGUCUCCGAUACUUUGUCCUGGGUACUGUGGCGGCUUUGGUGGCCCUUGUGCUCAACGUAUUCUAUCCUCUGGUGUCUCAGAGUCGCUGGAGAUGAGCUCAUCUGCAGGCGCCUCUUGUGAGCUGGCCUACCUGCCUGCUCACCAGGCCACGCCUACCUUUGUGGUAGGGAACAACUCUGGGCUCUGGGCCUCAGUGUAUGUAUCUGAUGGGAGAUCUGUGGGGACUGCAGCCUCUGCAGGGGCAGAGUAUCCUAGGGUAUAUGUCCAUCCAGUUGUCUGUUCCUCCUGUUUCUCUGACCCUUGUCCUAGGGCUUGGCCCUGCUGCAACUAUUUCCUGUAUUUAAAGUGUUAAUAAAGUGAGUAUUCAGG